AUGGACUCCAAGAAGCUCAGCAAGAUCACCGAGUUGGUCAGUUACCAGCAGAUGCUGAAGAAAUGGAAGAAGCUUGCAGUUGCAGGCGAUGGCAGCAGCAAGAGCAUCAGGUUCCUGAAGAGGGCCCUCUCCCUCUCCGGGUACAUCCCAAAGGGAUGCUUCGUUGUGUGUGUCGGACAGGAGAUGCAGAGAUUCGUGAUCCCAACCGAGUGUUUGAGUCACACGGCCUUCGCAGUUCUGCUCAGAGAAGCAGAAGAGGAGUAUGGCUUCGAGCAGGAAGGAGUGCUGAGAAUCCCCUGCGAGGUGUCUGUCUUCCGAAGCAUAUUGAAGAUGGUAGAGAAGACCAAAGAAGGCAUUUACUACUGCUGA